AUGUCGGUCGGAGUUCGCGAACUCUCAGUGCUCGGCGAGUUCAAACCAUUUGGCUUAAUAGCCGAAGCCCUAGACGGCAAGCCCGCCGAUGAUGUAAUCGACAGUUACACUUAUUUCCUAUUUGAUCCCGAAGUCUGUAAGCAAAGAGACGAAGCUGAUGACUCGGACACAUCAUCGUCUUCGAGUGAUCGAAGUGACCAUGAACUUUUCAUCAGAGGAAAUCGGAUAAUAUGGAGUACAGGUUCACGAGUGCAUAAGAGAUUCACCUUAUCCUCCUCGGUGAUCAUGGCAUGCUGGUGCCAUAUGGGUGAUAUGUCUGAGGCUCUUCUCUGUGUUCUACAAAGUGAUUGUUUAACAAUCUACAACACGGCAGGUGAAGUGGUAUCAAUUCCUCUUCCCCAUACCGUCACAUCAAUAUGGCCUCUACCUUUUGGUUUACUCCUCCAGCAGGCAGUUGAGGGGAAUUUAACAACACAUGUUCCUUUUCCACCUUCAAGUCCAUUGUCAAGUGCCCGUGAUAUAUUCCGUCCUAAAAGAGACAUUGGAUACAGUCCUCAGCAUAGUUAUUCUUCACUGUCUGCAUUUGAUUAUAAUAUUAAGGGAGAUGGGGCUUCUAUGCCCUCACAUCUUAUUUUGAAGGAUCCUUUGGAGGAACCUCAGUUAAUUUAUAUUGAGGAAAGGGGAAAGGCAAGCAUAAUGAGGGAAUUUGAUGAAAAAACAAUUUGGACCAGUGAUUGUAUUCCUCUGAUGGCAUCAUUUAAUAAAGGGAAGAUGCAACACUCUCUGUGGGUUGCAGAAGUUGUUGAUUGUAACCUUGAAGUUGCAAAUUCUAAAUUAUCUGAUGUAGUUCCUCCGGGGGUGUUACCGAAACAGUGUUCCUUUCGAAGGAUAUGGCAAGGGAAGGGUGCCCAAACAGCUGCUAGUAAGGUUUUCCUGGCAACUGAUGAUGAUACUGCACCUAUUAUUUGUUUUCUUCUCCAAGAACGAAAAAAGUUGUUGUCAGUGAGGCUUCAAAGUGUAGAAAUAAAUAAUGAGAUUCUCUAUGAUAUCAAACCCGACAUGAGCUGGAGUGUACCAGCAGUUGCGGCAGCACCUGUUAUUGUAACUCGUCCGAGAGUGAAAGUGGGACUGCUGCCGUGUGUAGACAUCAUGGCUUUGACUUCAGAAAAUUCCCUUCUUCUUUAUUCUGGCAAGCAAUGCCUGUGUAGAUAUACAUUGCCUUCUGUUUUGGGGAAAGGUCAGGCUUUGCGUACUUUGAAGUCUUCAGAAAUAGCUUCUGCUCUCCUUGAUGUAAAAAUUGUUGGAUUGGCUGAUGCUGUUGAAGGCCGUGUUAAUGUUAUUUUGACUAAUGGGCAGAUCUACAGAUGUACAUUGCGAAGAAGACCAUCAUCAUCAUUGGCAAAUGAUUGCAUCACUACAAUGGCUGAGGGGCUCACUUCUAGUUUCUUCAAUCAUUUUCUUGUGCUUCUGUGGGGUGAUGGUGAUUCGGCGUAUUUAGCCCAGGCAGAUUCUGGUGUUGACUCGGAGUGGGAGUCUUUUUGUAGUAUUAUAAUGCAAAUGUGCAGAAAGUCUAGACAUGUCCCUCGAAGGAGUUCAAAUUCAGUUUCUCACUCAUCAUGGGAGUUUCUUAUCAACAGUAGUUUUCACAAGAACUACUGUAAACAAAAAUUUAUUCCUGAAAUUUCUCCUAGAAUGUCACUUGAUCUGCAGGGGUCAGAUUCAUCUGGAUCUUUUCUACAUGGUAUCCAAAGCCCAACAGAGCUAUUUAUGGAGACUCUGGAUUCUUUGCAUGGAUUAUAUGAAAGCCUGAAAUUAGACAAUCUUCGCAAACGGGAUUUGGGUCUUCUGGUGGUUCUACUAUGCAAUGUUGCUGAUUUCCUGGGUGAAGAAAGCUAUUUGGAUCACUAUGUACGUGACUUUCCUGGUCUUUCAAAAAACUUUGGGAUAUGUCGGACCUCAUUUUCCCAGAAAACUCCUCCUAGUUUAUUCAGAUGGCUUGAACACUGUUUGCAACAUGGAUGUAAUUCUGCUAAUAUUAUGGACCUUUCCCCUCUGAUUCGUAAAGAUGGAAGUUCUGCUGGGAGCUGGGCCCGGAAGAUAGUUGCUUUCUAUAGCCUUUUAUGUGGUGCAGAACAGUCAGGGAAGAAACUCUCGUCUGGUGUUUACUGCAACAUUGCCUCCGGGUCAUCGUGUACGAAAGAGGAGCUAACAGUCUUGGCAAUGGUUGGGGAGAGAUUUGGUUUGCAACAGCUAGACUUGCUACCUGCUGGUGUCUCUCUUCCUCUACGACAUGUAUUGGACAAGUGCCGGGAGUCUCCUCCUACUGACUGGCCUGCUGCUGCAUAUAUUCUUCUUGGUCGGCAAGAUUUGGCUUUGUCUUGUUCGUCACAUUCAAGACAAUCUAAGGAACUUGAACCCCAUACCAAAUUGAAUUUAGUUUCUAUGUCUACACCUUACAUGCAACAUCUGCAUCCUGUGACUAUUCCUUCCUCAGUUUCUGAUACAAUUGGAUUGGAGAAUACCAAACUUGAGGACACAGAUUCCGUUGAUGGAAUUUCUACAGAUGGUAUGGAACAUAUUUUCAAUUCUAGCACACAGUUGCGGUAUGGUCGUGAUCUGCGAUUAAAUGAGGUUAGACGUCUGCUGUGCUCUGCUAGGCCUGUGGCAAUUCAAACCCCUGUUAACCCUACUGCCUCUGAUCAAGACCUCCAACAGGCUCAGUUAUGGCAGCUUGCUCAAAGGACUACUGCUCUUCCUCUUGGUCGUGGCGCAUUUACUCUCGCAACCACAUGUACUCUUUUAACAGAGGCACUCACAGUCCCAAAGCUUGUUUUAGCAGGUCGGUUGCCUGCACAACAAAAUGCGACGGUUAAUCUAGAUCCAAAUAUAAGAAAUGUAAUAGAUCUUAUAUCUUGGCCUGAGUUUCACAAUGCUGUAGCUUCCGGAUUGAGACUUGCCCCUCUCCAGGGGAAAAUGUCAAGAACAUGGAUAAUAUAUAACAAACCCGAAGAUCCAAAUGUUAUGCAUGCAGGACUGCUCUUUGCACUGGGAUUACAUGGACAUCUACGUGUUCUAACUAUUACUGAUAUAUACCAAUAUUAUUCACAGGAACAUGAAAGCACCACUGUAGGAUUAAUGCUUGGUCUUGCAGCAUCUUAUAGGGGAACUAUGCAACCCGCAAUUUCAAAGUCUCUUUAUGUACACAUACCUGCUCGCUAUCCGUCUUCCUUUCCAGAGUUGGAACUUCCAAGCCUUCUGCAGUCAGCAGCACUUAUGUCUGUUGGGCUUCUUUACGAGGGAUCAGCACACCCCCAAACAAUGCAAAUUCUUAUGGGUGAAAUCGGCCGUAGAAGUGGAGGAGACAAUGUACUUGAAAGAGAGGGCUAUGCGGUUUCUGCUGGAUUCUCAUUGGGACUUGUUGCCUUGGGUCGUGGGGAAGAUGCCCUUGGUUUCUUGGAUACUUUGGUUGAUCGACUGUUCCAAUACAUUGGUGGCAAAGAACUUAAAAAUGAGAGAUCCCAACUGCUGGCACCAUCAGCGGAUGAACACAAUCGCAGUGCCGGGCAGACGAUGGAUGGAAGUCCAGUCAAUGUUGACGUUACUGCUCCUGGAGCUAUAAUUGCUGUGGCUCUGAUGUAUUUGAAGACUGAAUCGGAGGUGAUAUUGUCCAGACUUUCUACUCCGUGUACGCAUUUUGAUUUACAAAAUGUGAGGCCUGACUUCAUAAUGCUUCGUGUCAUUGCUCGGAAUUUGAUAAUGUGGAGUAGGGUUCAUCCUUCCGAAGAUUGGAUUCAGUUUCAGAUUCCUGAAAUUAUCCAAAACUGUGUCACAAGCCUUGGAGAUGAGAUGGGUGAUAUGAAUGAAAUGGAUACUGAAGCUUUCGUUCUGGCAUAUGUCAAUAUAGUGGCUGGAGCUUGUAUUUCUCUUGGGUUAAGAUUUGCUGGAACAAAAGAUGGAAAUGCACAGGAGUUGCUUUACAAAUAUGCUGCCUACUUUCUCAAUGAGAUAAAGCCUGUAUCUGCUACAAGUGGAUAUACCUGGCCAAAGGGACUGUCCAACUAUGUUGAUCGUGGCACAUUGGAGACAUGCCUUCACCUCAUUGUUCUUUCCCUUUGUGUGGUUAUGGCUGGUUCUGGACAUCUACAGACAUUUAGGUUAUUGAAAUAUCUUCGCAGUCGAAAUUGUGCAGAUGGGUACACUAACUAUGGUAAUCAGAUGGUGGUAAGCUUAGCUAUUGGUUUUUUGUUUCUUGGGGCUGGAAUGCGGAGUUUUUCGACUAGUAACAGUUCUAUUGCCGCUUUGCUGAUUACUCUUUAUCCACGCUUACCAACUGGACCAAAUGAUAAUAGGUGCCACCUUCAGGCAUUCAGGCAUUUGUAUGUUCUUGCAACGGAAGCUCGCUGGAUUCAAACGGUUGAUGUGGAUACUGGUCUACCAGUUUAUGCCCCAGUUGAAAUUACAAUUAGGGAAACUGAACAUUAUGCAGAGACAAAUUUUUGUGAAGUCACUCCUUGCAUUCUCCCUGAACGAGCUAUUUUGAAGACUGUUCGUGUUUGUGGACCUCGGUACUGGCCUCAAGUAUUGGAACUCACUCCUGAAGAGAAACCUUGGUGGAGUUCUGGUGACAAGAGUGACCCAUUUAAUUCAGGUGUCCUCUAUAUCAAACGGAAAGUUGGAGCUUGUUCAUAUGUCGAUGAUCCCAUAGGAUGUCAGUCACUGCUAUCACGAGCAAUGCAUAAGGUGUUCAGUUUAAAAAGUUUCAGAGCUUGUUCUCCAAAUGAUUGCAUUGGUGCCACUGUUGAGCAGUUGGUCAGUACCUUUUCGUCUGAUCCGAGUUUAAAUGCUUUCGCCCAACUGUGUUGUGACCCUUCUUGGAACAGCAGGCAAGUAUCAGAUUAUGUUUCUUCCUUUUGGUCUUCAUUUAUCCUGUUGUAUAAGCAUCUACUUGGCCAAUGA